AUGAUGGAGAGGAUAAGAAAAGAGAUGAUCCUGAUGGAGCGGGGUCUACACAGCCCAGUGGCCGGGAAGAGGCUAUCCAAUCUGUCGGACUCGAAUGGAAACACGGUGUUGGAGGCCCUGGAAAAUUCCCAACACAGUGGCCGCCUAAGCCCACGACUAACCUCCGGCUCGCUGCACGGGAGUCUUGGGGAUAUCCCCACGAAAGGGAAAUUCGAAAUCGACAGUUUGUUCGCCCCACACCACGAUACCUCGUCCACAGAGAUAUCCUCCUCAGAAAACAGGAAGAAAAUGAGCAUGUACGCAGAAGUUUCUCCAGACUCCGAUAUUAACAGUGAUGUUGAAGUGGGAUGCCCAUCUCAUCGCUCCCCGGGCAGUGUGAGCCAACACAAGGAAAAUAAUAAAGGAUAUUCAGACAGAGACUCUGGGGCAUCAAACAGCUCAUCCAUGUCCAACAUGAACGGUAACUCGAUUGGAAGCUCCAACAGCUCAAACGCGGACCAGGUGAGAAGGUACCGAACGGCGUUUACGAGGGAACAGAUUGGCAGGCUGGAGAAGGAGUUUUACAGGGAAAAUUAUGUUUCGAGACCGAGGAGAUGUGAACUGGCUGCAGCGCUGAAUUUACCUGAAACUACAAUUAAGGUGUGGUUCCAAAACAGGAGGAUGAAGGAUAAGAGGCAGCGUUUGGCCAUGUCCUGGCCACAUCCAGCAGACCCCAGUUUCUACACCUAUAUGAUGACGCACGCCGCUGCCACCGGAAGUCUGCCAUACCCUUUCCAUUCCCACAUGCCUCUGCACUACUACCCGCACGUGGGUGUCACAGCGGCAGCCGCAGCAGCAGCAGCCAGCGGGGCCGCAUCGUCACCUUUCGCUACCUCCAUCCGCCCUCUCGAUACUUUCCGUGCACUCUCACAUCCCUACUCCCGCCCUGAGCUGCUGUGCAGCUUCAGGCAUCCGGGACUGUACCAGUCACCUGCAGGCCUCAAUAGCUCAGCGGCAGCAUCAGCAGCAGCGGCGGCAGCGGCGGCGGCAGCAGCUGUUAGCGCGCCCUCGGCCACCGGGCCUUGCUCGUGCCUCAGCUGCCACAGCAGUCAAGCGGCCAGUGCCCUGGGCUCGAGAAGUGCCAGCUCUGACUUUACGUGCACGGCCAGCCAGAGGUCCGAGAGUGGAUUUCUGCCAUACUCAGCUGCGGUGCUGAGCAAGACAGCGGUGCCAUCUCCUGAUCAAAGAGAAGAGAGCUCUCUCAACAGAUAA